CUUUGGUCGAAGCAGAGCCCGUCUUCUCUGGUAGAAGUAAGGUAGCCCAUGAACCUGACUAAUGUAACGCCCGAAGACUAAAACUUGCUUUAGAAAAUUCGACGUUAUAUUCACCAUGCAGGCAGUCGAACAUAUUCUGGAAACCCUUCAAAGUUUGGACCAACAACAACUACAGCUGUUGUCACUGUCUACAGUAGGGGUUGGACUUGUAACAUGGUACCUGAUAUUCAAGAAAAAGGUUGCAAAGACCAUCCCCUUGGGUCAGGGUUGGUGGGCGAGAGGUGAGAGAUCACUCAGUGAAGAUGAGACAAUACAUCCUUUCACAGUAGAGGCAUCUGAGGAUGAAAUUCAGGACCUUUAUAGACGUAUUGAUCAAACAAGGUAUACUGAGCCACUGGAAGAUGGCCGCUUCCAUUAUGGCUUCAAUUCUGUUUACCUCAGAAAGGUUGUGUCAUACUGGAGGAAUCAAUUUGACUGGAACAAGCAGGUGAAGGUGCUGAACAAGUAUCCACAUUUCAAAACCAAAAUAGAAGGACUGGAUAUCCACUUCAUUCGUGUGCGUCCACAGUAUCGCGAAGGACAGAGGGUCUUGCCUCUCAUGCUAGUCCAUGGAUGGCCAGGUUCUUUCUUUGAGUUCUACAAGAUCCUUCCACUGCUCACAGAGACACAGGAUGGCCUGGCAUUUGAAGUCAUCUGUCCCUCUAUCCCAGGAUACGGCUACUCAGAAGCCCCACAUAAACAGGGAUUUAACUCGAUGGACGCUGCUCGAGUCUUUCUGAAGCUGAUGGAGCGUUUGGGAUUCACAGAGUUCUACCUUCAGGGGGGUGACUGGGGCUCUCUCAUCACGACCAAUAUGGCCCAGAUGAAGCCUGAAUGCGUCAGAGGCCUCCACUUGAACAUGCUUGCUGUGACACGGGGAGGUCUUGGUAUGCUGCUGUCUCUGAUCAUUGGACCAUACCUGCCUUUCCUGGUUGGCUUCACACGUGAAGAUGUCCGUCGGCUCUUCCCAUACUUUGAAAAGAAUGUGUAUGAAAUACUGAAGGAGACGGGGUAUCUGCACAUUCAGGCCACCAAGCCAGACACAGCAGGCUGUGGAGUGAACGACUCCCCAGUUGGGCUGGCUGCCUACAUUCUGGAGAAAUUCUCCUCUUGGACUGAUAAGCAGAACAGAGAUCUAGAAGAUGGGGGCUUGGAGAGGAAUUAUUCCCUGGAUGACCUUCUCACCAAUGUUAUGAUCUACUGGACCACUGGAACCAUUGUCUCCUCAAUGCGUUUCUAUAAAGAGAACCUGAAAUCUAAUCCAGAAAAGAGAAUAGAUUCCAGGACUGGCAUUUAUGUGCCGAUGGGAUUUGCGGCUUUCCCCCAAGAGCUGCUUCACUGCCCCCAGGCCUGGGCCCGCUGGAGGUACAAGGACAUCCGCUCCUACACCUACAUGUCCAGCGGGGGGCACUUUGCUGCCUUUGAGGAGCCCAAGCUGCUGGCAGACGACUUUGUGCAGUUUGUGAAAAAGGUGGAAUGCAAAAAAUUGUGAAUUGCAUAUUAACUUGUAGUUGUCUGAAAAAGCGUAUUAGGUUUGUUUGUAAAAUUGAAAAAAAGAGAAAUACUACGGCGAUGAUAAAAUUACUUAUGAUAACCAAAAUUCACAGUAAGGAAGAGUUAUAUACUGACUGCACUUUUAUAUAAAAAAUAACUUUGUUAAACCAUUUUAUUGUAAAAUAAAUACUACAGUGACAGUAAAAUAAUUUACUUUUUUACGAUAAUUAGUGCUGUCAUUAAAUUGCUGGCUUUUAGUUGAAAAUUCUCAAAAAAAAUCAUCAAAAUUCACAAAAAGAUGAAUAUGCUGAUUGCACUUUUAUAAAAAGUAACUGUGUUAAAAAAGAUGUUGUGUUUGAAAGUCAUAUACUAUAAUGGAGCUCCAUAUAACUAAUUUGUUUAAGGGCCAUUCACACCAAGUAUGAUAAUAAUAUGAAUGACCGCGUCCACGCAUAAACUAUAACUAUAACGACAUGAAGAAUGAUAUUUUUAGGGAUCACUUUCAGAGUGAUUUUGAGAAUGAUAAAAAGGUGACAUUCAUCAACACAAUGAGAGAUUUUUCUUAUUUUCUUAUCAUUGGUCAGUGUGGACGCUUUUAUCAUUAUAGUUAUCUUCAUAGUUAUCGUUCCUGGUGUGAACGGCCCUUAAGUCUGGGCAGCAACUUGAUAUGACUGGCAUUAGACAUUUUGGUAAUUUAUUAUCUACAAAUAUAGACAAUAAUAGACAUUCAAAUACUCUUAAAUAACUAUCAAGUGAAAGAGGUGAUGAAUAUUGAAAGCGUUUUGUUGUAACCGAGAUCACAAGAGGUGAUUAAUUAGAAAUGAAUGCCUUGUCAGAGAACUGUAAUACAUCUGGCCAGAUGUAGACCAGAUACAUUUAGUAUGCAAACAGUUUGAUCAUCAGUGUGUACCAGAGGCUUUACACAGUACUUGUGGAAGGGCUUUGUUUGAAAAAUGCCUGCCUGUAAAUUGUUGUUUUUUAGAAAAUUAAAACCUUUGCAUUCAUAAAUGUUCAAUUCUCAGUAGGUUGGUUUACAUGGACAGUUUAUUUCAGUUCAGUUAGUUUCAUUCAGAUUAAACUAUUCCAAUUGAAAAAUGUGUGCCGUCUGUUUACAUGGGUAUGUUCUAUUCCGAUCAGGUGCUUACAGGCACUCUAGAAUCUUAGAUCGGAAUAGCCAUUGUUGCUUUACUUUACCUGAUUGACUGCUCAGUCGGAAUGAGAACAGAGUAGUUUUAUUCCGAUCAAGGUGUUUAUUUGUGUCAUUUUUAUUCAGAUUGAGCCAUUUUUCAGAUUCUAAUCAAAAUAAAAGUGUCGAUGUAAA